AUGCAACUUGGGCUGUUCAACAUGCCGCUGCACCCGCCGGGUCGCCUGCACGCGGAUACCUACGAUGAAGACUUGGAGUUGAUGGCGUACGCCGACGAACUCGGGUAUUCGGAGGCAUGGAUCGGCGAGCACUUCACCACUGAGUGGGAGAACAUGCCGGCUCCCGACCUAUUCAUCGCCCGGGCUUUGGGAGUGACGAAAAACCUGGUGAUGGGCACCGGCGUGUCCCUCCUGGCGUUUCACGACCCGAUCAUGAUCGCCCACCGCAUGGCGAUGCUCGAUCACCUGGCGCGCGGCCGUUUCUUUUUCGGCAUCGGGUCGGGCGGAGUUCCAACGGACUCCGAGAUGUUCGGAAUGGAUCGGCAGUCCGGCCAGCAGCGGGACCGGAUGCGGGAAGCGGCCAACGUCAUCCUCAAGAUGUGGACGACAGACAACCCAGCUGAUUUUUGCCACGACGGGGAGUAUUACACCGUCCGACUGCCGGAAGCCCGACCGGAGAUGGGGUUGGCCUACCACAUGCGGCCGUACCAAAAGCCGCACCCGCCAAUCGCGGUGGCGGGGAGCAGCCCGUCAUCACCGACACUGGAAGUCGCCGGCGAAAUGGGUUGGUGGCCGAUGAGCACGCUGUUUCUGCACGCUUCGCAUCUCCCCAACCACUGGAUUUCCUAUUCCAAGGGAGCGAAGGCCGCGGGACGGGAGGUAUCGCGGAGCCAAUGGCGGAUUGCCCGGGAGGUCUACGUUGGAGAGACCACCGAGCAGGCGGUGGCCGACGUGAUGAACGGCCCGCCGGCGCGGACAUUCGACCAGUAUUUCGUGCCGUUGCUGGGAUACGGGCAGCGCGGUUUGGACGGCAUCAAAACCAGCCCAGAUCUUCCCAACUCGGCGCUCACCGCCCGAUACAUGCUGGAGAACUUCUGGAUCGUGGGUGACCCGGACGAAUGCGCGAGGCAAAUACGCGAACUGCACGACCACACGGGAGGGUUCGGCAAUCUGCUGAUGCUUUGCCACGACUGGGGCGCGCAAGGGCGAAAGGGCUGCGUUCGCUUCAGAUGCUGGCAACCGAGGUGCUCCCGCAGUUGGCCGACCUUAAUCCCGACUACUGAAACGACGCGACCGUUAUCGCCACCACAAGGAGGCAAUAUGUUCAUCGCCACCAACCGCAUUAAGGUCAAGACCGGCUUCGGCGACACCCUGGCAGAGAUGUUCAAGGCUCGGGGCGCCGUUCAAGACCAUUCCGGCUUCAUCAGCUUUGAGCUGUGGAAGAUGCACAAGACACCGGACCACGAGGACUUCCUGGUGGUAACCCAUUGGGAAACGGAAGAGGAUCACCAUACCUGGACGCGGAGCGACGGGUUUCGGUCCGCCCACGCCGGUGGGCCGCCCGAUUUUCUGCUUGGUCCCGGCGAAUUCCACACUUACGAAGUGGUGCACAGACUAGAAGCUUCGGGAGCGGCAGCGGCCGCAGACUAG